GAACAACACAUUCAGGACUGGUGGUUAAAGCAUGUAGUUUUUAAGACCAUCAAAGGUCACUGUCCUACCAGUCAUGACAUAGGGGUUAUUGACCUAGCCGCUGUGACCUUUGUCCAGACUAACCUUUGACCUGAUCAAUCUCUGCCCUCAGCACUUCCUGAAAAGGCUGUGCAAUAGUUACAUUUAGGGUCAUUGUCCUAAUGGUUAGUGACCCCUGACCUUUUGUGCAUACAAAUGGUGGCCAAGAUGAAUCCAGACCUGAAGAAAGAGCGAGAGAACGCCAGUUUUGAUCCAGAGAAGAUCACAAACUUCCUGUAUGGAGGCCAGGAGAGCGUCAAAAGAAAAAGGGAGUUAGAAUCCCUUGCCCUAAAUGACCCCGACUACCAACAUGAAGACUUGAACUUCAUGUCGAGAGAACAGCAGUAUGAGACCCAACUAAAGAAGGGCAUCCUGAUGGUCACCAAGAUGAAGGAACUGAAGAUCACAAGUGCUCAGGACCAACUCUUCUACACAAGUGCCGUUCUUGUGUCAGACGUACAUCCCAUGAGUGUACACACCAGGAUGUUCCUCCCCACCCUGUACGGACAGGCCACGGAACAACAGAAGGACAAGUGGCUGAAGUUGGCAGAGAACUACACCAUCAUUGGCACAUACGCUCAGACAGAGAUAGGACAUGGAACCUUUGUUAGAGGCCUGGAGACGACCGCGACCUAUGACCCUAAAACCCAGGAGUUCAUCCUGAACACUCCAACUCUCUCAGCAUCCAAGUGGUGGCCUGGUGGAAUGGGGAAGACGUCCAACUAUGUAGUCCUGAUGGCUCAGUUGUACAUCUACGGCAAGUCUUACGGCAUCCACCCUUUUAUGCUGCAAAUUCGAAGUCUGGAGGACCACAAGCCUCUACCUGGAGUGACUGUUGGUGACAUAGGGCCCAAGUUUGGGUAUGACGUCAUGGACAACGGCUUCCUGUCACUCAACAAUGUCAGGAUCCCUCGAGAGAACAUGCUCAUGAAGUACUCCAGGGUUGAGCCUGAUGGUACCUACGUGAGACCACCGAGUACCAAGUUGGCUUACGGUACCAUGGUGCAGGUGAGAGCAGGCAUAGUCAUGUUUUCUGGCAUGAACCUGGCGAAGGCUGUCACCAUAGCAACUCGCUACAGCUGUGUUCGUCGUCAGUCCGAGAUGAAGCCAGGCCACCCUGAGCCGCAGGUGUUGGACUAUGUGACCCAGCAGUACAAGUUGUUCCCCUACCUGGCUGCUGCCUACGCCUUCUGGCUCACAGGACAAACCAUGAUGUCUGUUUACACGACAUCUUCCAGCCAGAUUUCGAAGGGAGACAUCAGUGUCCUACCUGAGCUCCAUGCCCUUUCCGCCGGGCUGAAGGCUCUGUCGUCAUCGAUGGCCAAUGUGGGAAUGGAGGAGUGUCGUCUGGCGUGUGGAGGACACGGGUACUCUCACGCCAGCGGGCUGCCUCGUCUGUACACCAACGCAACCCCGGCCUCUACUGCUGAAGGAGAACAUGUUGUCCUGAUGCUACAAACUGCAAGGUACCUGAUGAAGAGUUAUAACCAGUCCCUGCAGGGUGAGAAGCUGGCUGGUUCGGUGGCGUACCUGUCCGGUGUACAGCUGGUUCCUGCAGCCGGUAGAACCAGGAACAUGCUGGAUCUGGGGGCUCUGUGUGAUGCCUUCAGGCACAGGGCAGCCAGGAUAGUUGGUGAAGCAGCUGCACAACUGAGGAGUGAGAUGCAGGGAGGGAAGGACCAAGCAGAUGCAUGGAAUGCCUCGUCUGUGGAUCUCACCAAGGCAGCCAUGGCCCACAGCCAGUACUUUGUAGUGAAAACGUUUGCAGAGAGGCUGACAGACUCCAGACUGGACAGCUCCAUCUCUGCUGUCCUGACCAGGCUGUGUCAGCUGCACGCUCUACAUGGACUGGUCACAAACAGCGGAGACUUUCUGGAGGACGGCUACUUGACCGGGUCAGACAUCCGCCAAGCCAGACGUCACAUCAACGCCCUCAUGGCCAAGCUCCGUCCUGACGCCGUGGCUCUUGUCGACGCCUUCGACUUCCCAGACGGGAUCCUGAACUCCAUACUGGGGCGCUACGAUGGGAACGUCUACCAACAUCUGUUGGAGUGGGCCAAGGCUUCUCCUCUCAACAAAACAGAUGUGCACCAGUCCUACCACAAGUACCUGAAGCCAUUCCUUGAAGCCAACAGGGCCAAGCUGUGAAGACAUCUGAUGACGAAAGGCUUCAAAUGGAAUCUUGAUUCUAACAUGCUGUGCCUACUAUGAAUUUCACUGAAUCAUUCCAGUUAAAUGCUUAUGCAAUAUGAUUUUCUCCAAGCUGGACAUUCAAUGCACAAGUUAUGCUGCUCUAGCUUUCUUACUCAGUUGAAACAUACAUGUGCAUUUUUAUUUGCAUAAAUCUGCACGUCUGUUAACAUGAUGUCCCUUAGGAAUCAAACGUAAAAUAGACGGAAGCAUCAAGCUAGAGUUCUAUGUACUGGAAUGAUAGUAUGGAGGGUGAACUACUGUAACAGUUGUAAAGUUUGUAGUUUUUGAAUGAAUCUGUAUUGGUAGAAUCCAUUGUUGUAAAAUUGAGCUUUGUUCGGAUACAAAGAAAACACUCACCAUGAAUUUUUCGUCAAUCUGCCAAACUUCAUCAGAUGUCUGAUUCACUGCGUGCACUGACUUUCCAGGAAUCAGAAGCAUGAUGAUGCCAGUAGUGAAUCAAAGGUGACAGGAAGAUGGAAUCUACCACCAUCACUGUUAAGGGCGGGUUGGUGGGCUCUGACUAAAUUUUCUUUUUUAAAUUUCUCCUUAAGAGACCCAGAAUAUCUGUCUAGUUUCUUUUUCUCAGCAAUGAAGUAAGCCCAGCACUUUAGUUUGAUUAAUAGUAUGUAUAGAAAUAAUGAGCAUAUUUUAAAGAUAAUAACAUUCCCUAAUUCUUACUCAAGUCAAAUGUUGUGGAAAAUCACGUAUAUGCAGGAUUUAUCAGUGUCAGAGUAACAAGUUUAUGUAUGCCAAGAAAUGAUGUACAAAUUUUUAAUGGCCAAAGUUUAAAAUUUAGAUUUUAAAAAGAAUAUAUACUUUUGUUUAUUCAAUGUUAAUGUAUUUCAUUGUGAUGAAAAUGUGAUGCAAAGAGCUCAAAGCCAUUAAAAGAUGUUAAUCAGGCUUA